AUGUCCCUACACACCUUCGACCGAACUUAUCCCGCCAAAUUUCCCUCUCAUCUACAGCUUUCACCCCUUCUAUCUCGGGAAGCCCUUCGUCGUCUCGCAUGGAGCACAUUCUUCUUCGAUUCCAUGAUUGAUGGAGGUCGAUAUGGCUUCCACUCCGUUGAUGAAAACUCAUACCGUCUGCAACUACCUUGUGAUCAAGCCAGCUUUCUGGGGAAUGAGAACGUGGUGACAGAAUCAUUAUUUUCAGAGUCCGAUACUACUACUCGAGCUACCACUGGAAAUGCCCGGCACGCGCCGCUGGACAUGUGGGCAUAUGUUCUACGAAUCGCAGCUGCUAGACGUCGCGCACUACACUUUGCCUUUCGGGCUUCUCAUCGUGAAGGAACAAUUGAAGAGAUGGUCGCCGAGCUUGCUACAAUCGAAUCAGAUAUCGAAUCGGUUGUUUCUGACCUACCGAAGCGGUUUCACUUCAAUGCUGACACUAUGUUUAUUCACCGUGACCGGCUGAUGACUUUCCUUCUUUUACAUGUCCUGCGACACAAUUUAUUCAUUAUUCUUGGCCGAGCAGCACUGUUGGUUUACCAGCGCGACUCUAGCAAGGCAGAUCUUGUGGUACACGUGCGACGAAAAAGGAUAUCGCAUGCUUUGCCGAUUGCGAGUAUCCUCGCCGAGGGAUUGAAGGUGGGGAUUGUUUUGGAUCCGCAUCUAGGCGUUCAGGCCUACGUUACCCUAGAAAUCCUUCUUUUCGAACCGCGGCGGUUGGCUGAGAUCGAUCCCUAUGUCGACCCUAAAGCUCCAGAGUUGAUGGCAGCGAUCCCAAACCUGCUGACUGUGAUCCGGAAUCUUGCACGUCGGUCGGAGGGGAUAAAGCAGCUGCAUAUCGAGGCUGUCCAUCGACUGUUACGGUUCGACUGUGCCCAAUUUUUAAAUCAAGGCGAUAUUGAAGCGUUCCACAGUGAAUACCGAUUAGUCGGACAGGAUCCAGCCGAGUUUGACUUUCGUGAUUUCAGAUGGGCCAAAGUUGAGCGAAUCCGCCGAGGUGCUCGAUCAGCUGCUAUCGGCGGGGGUGAUGAAGUGCUACUCGAGUAUCGGGUAGACGGAGAUACGUCUGCUCAUACCGUUGUACCCUCGCCACGUCUAGAUGCUAUUAAUGUUAACAGCGGAUUGGGCUGGCCUCCUACCGUGCACUCUGCCCCAUCGGCCGCUUCCCACGAGUUGGGUCUACCCGAGGGACAUGGCUUGGAUGCUGGUGGUUUAGAUUCGACGAGGUCAGGGUAUGGGCUUAUGGAUGAGCCAUCACUUGACUGGCCGUGGUUGUUGGAAGAGUCAGGGCCAUCUGUGUAUCAGACAGGGGAUCCUGAGACCUUCUGGAGUCAGCUUGAGCGAAUAUGA